AUACCUGCACCACCCACAAGCGAGAAGAGCCCACACAACUAAACAUUUUCGACCUUAUUUUUUUUUCUCAUUUCCAAUCUUCGGUACCUUUUCGCAUUCGCAAAUCCGCUAUCCAACAACAACAUCACGACAACCUCCGACUCUAACCACCUUUGCGAUCACCAUAACCCAUCGCAAACAUGGCCACAGAAUUGACUGUACAGUCGGAGCGUGCUUUCCAAAAGCAGCCCCAUAUCUUCCAGAACUCUAAGAUCAAGGCCAAGUCCACGCGACCUGGAAAGGGUGGCCGAAGAUGGUUCAAGGACGUCGGUCUGGGUUUCCGAACCCCCAAGACCGCCAUUGAGGGAAGCUACAUCGACAAGAAGUGCCCCUUCACCGGUCUCGUCUCUAUCCGUGGCCGUAUCCUAACCGGCACCGUCGUCUCCACUAAGAUGCACCGAACUGUCAUCAUCCGACGCGAGUACCUGAAGUUCAUCCCUAAGUACGCCCGAUACGAGAAGCGACACAAGAACCUCGCCGCACACGUUUCCCCCGCUUUCCGUGUUGAGGAGGGUGAUCAGGUCACAGUUGGUCAAUGCCGACCUCUGAGCAAGACGGUGCGAUUCAACGUCCUCCGUGUACUUCCCCGAACCGGCAAGUCGGUCAAGAAGUUCAGCAAGUUCUAAACUUGGGCAUCUUUUCUGGGCAUCGAUGGCGUUGUUGCUUGGUUCUUCAUGAUCGCAGAUUCGGAACGGGUGAUUCAUAGGCUUUCUGCUAGGGCACAAAGAUGCACCAUCGGCAGUUCUGAGAAAUAAAAAUGGAAAUACCACUGGUCCUGUUCAACCUCUAAUUGUGUGACUGUCAUUUGACAUGGCUCGCCUCGUUGGACUAGUUUCUGUUGAAAGAAUGAAAUCGUAGUCUUAGAUUGGCCGUAUAUCAAUCCUCGAGGCCGAUUUAUGAAUCAAGUUGCUUCACUGGUCCGCCCACGCCCAUCACUAGCCACAGAGGAUGCCAUUUGUUUUGUCAGAACGGGCUUCCGGAGACAGCAUCCCAACGCAAAGCAAUUCUGCUUUCUAGGUUGAUUUCUGCUCGUACAUAAGUAAAAUGGUACAUUAUCGAACGAAGUCGCCCAUUAAUCCAAAUCAUAUUGAUAUUGAUCUAUUUUCACCUAGCCCCUUACUCUACGCGGUGGGCCAUUCGUACCUGUCAGACAGUAUAAGACGCUUUGAUAGUCAAUGCCUAGACUCUGCAUUAAUUUUGAGUCUUCUAUUUCUUUGCUUCUUGAUAGCCUUGGUAACUCAGUCCAUAAUCUCACGGUCAUGUAUCAUUUGUUGAGGCUGGGAUAUGCUGUAGGGGAUGAGUUCCUGG